AGUGUCAGCGUCGUAGAGUAAUGCUGGUGUCCGAUCGAAUACAAUGGGCCCCUCGGGAAAAUAAGAUUCGUUUUGAAAUGACGUGUCGCCGGUAUAUGUUGGCCAAUGUCUCGUGACCAAGUUUGGCUCAUUACCGGUGCCUCUUCCGGAUUCGGGAGAGAAAUGACCGAGCUUGUGCUCAAGAGGGGAGACAUCGCAGUCGCGACUGCAAGGAAGCCCGAAACUCUUGAUGAUCUGAAGACCAAGAAAUCAAAGAUACAUUCACGAAGGUCAAGGAAACAUUUGGAAGGCUUGACGUCGCCUUCAACAAUGCAGGUUGCGGUGUCGCAGGAGAGGCUGAAGUCACUCCCGAAGAUGCUGCUCACGCGAUGUGCGACACUGACUUUUAGAGAGCCUCUAGAGCUGAACCAUCCACUUGGAGGAAGGCUGAUAGUUACUUCUUCGCGAUCUGGUGUCCGUGCGGUCCCAGGAAUCGGAUUCUAUUCCGCCUCGAAGCAUGGAACUCGGUCUAGAAUGGAAUAUCGAGGCUUUUGCAAUGAGAGUAUUGCUAAGCUUGUCGCUAAGACCCAUACCUACCCUGCCUACACGAAACUAAUUCUUCCUAUCAUUGCCAUCUUUGCAUCCCUGGGCGAUGACAAACCAAGAGGUUCCGGUAGGUCGAUGGCAGUGCAGAAGAUUUAUGAUUUGGCUGCGGAGCCCGGAUCUUCGCUUAGAUUACCCCUCAAGAAGACAACAGUUCAGGCAUUUACAGGCGAAGUCGAAAGUGUUUUGGAAGCCGCUGCGAAGUCCGAGUCGUAGAGUGAAGGUGUAGAAUUUGGUGGAUAGUUAGCUGCCUGUCACAUGUCAACAGCCAACGACACCUCGUUUCGGCGAAUUAGUGAAUACGUUGUCUCUACACAUUCGAGAUGAUACCGUUCGAAAAGGCUCCGCUCUCAAUUUCUAUCUUUCAGGUGCAAUUUGAACCGCCACUCCUUUCCCUGU